UUGAGGACCUAAAAGGGCACCCUGAUAAAUUUUUUAAUUACUUUAGGAUGUCACAGGAAACCUUUGGUCAUCUAAUCACAUUCACUGGGCCCCUUAUAGCACACCAGGACACCAACAUGAGGAAGUGUGUGCCAGUAGAGGAAAGGCUGGCUGUAACAUUAAGAUAUCUAGCAACAGGGAACAGCUUCGUUUCGCUUCACUUUGAGUACCGGCUUGGUGAAUCAACAAUUCGUCAAAUUGUCUAUGAAACAUGUGAAUCACUCUGGAAAAGCCUGUAGAACAUCUACAUGCCUGAGAAAAGUGGAAGUGACUGGCUCCAAGUCGCAAAGGAUUUCUAUGCUAACACACAAUUCCCAAACUGCAUUGGUGCUCUUGAUGGGAAACACGUCCGCAUCAAGAAUCCAGAUAAUUGUGGUUCUAGUUUCUAUAAUUACAAGCAGUUUUUCUCAAUUGUACUCAUGGCGUUAGUUGACAGUGGGUGUUCAUUUACAGCUAUUGAUGUUGGAGCUGCUGGAAAAUCCAGUGAUUCAAAUGUGUUUAAAAAAUCUGAUUUCUAUAAAAAAUUAGAUUCUGGGGAACUUAAGCUUCCAAACCCAUGCCCACUACCAAAUGACAACAGUAGAAUUUGCAUGCCAUACGUUAUUGUCAGUGAUGAGGCAUUUGCUUUGACUGAGAAUGUUCUACGGCCAUAUCCAAACAAAAAUCUGACAGGUCAACAACGUGUUUUCAACUAUCGUUUGUCACGAGCAAGGCGUUCAGUUGAAUGCACGUUUGGUAUCAUGGCAAACACAUGGAGAAUUUUCCAUAGGCUGCCCGCUCGUGUGCGGGCAGCCUUAGGCUGCCCGCACACGAGCAACUUUUUAUUGUGA